AUGAUGCCCUUCGCAGUGACCACCCCAGCCGCUCCCCCGCAGCCCCCCGCGCAGAAGCACUACGGCAUCUCCUCCCCCAUCAGCCUGGCCGCCCCCAGGGACACGGACCGCGAACUCACCCAGAAGCUGAUUGAGACCCUGAGGCCCUUCGGGGUGUUUGAAGAGGAAGAGGAACUGCAGCGCAGGAUUCUAAUUUUGCAGAAACUAAAUAAUCUGGUGAAGGAAUGGAUCCGAGAAAUAAGUGAAAGCAGGAAUCUUCCACAAGCUGUAAUAGAAAAUGUUGGCGGGAAAAUCUUUACCUUCGGCUCUUACCGACUGGGAGUACACACAAAAGGUGCUGAUAUCGAUGCGUUGUGCGUUGCACCGAGACAUGUGGAUCGAAAUGACUUUUUCACCUCAUUCUAUGAUAAGUUGAAACUACAAGAAGAAGUAAAAGAUUUAAGGGCUGUUGAGGAGGCAUUUGUACCAGUUAUCAAACUGUGCUUUGAUGGGAUAGAGAUUGAUAUUUUAUUUGCAAGAUUAGCAUUGCAGACAAUCCCAGAAGAUCUGGAUUUAAGAGAUGAUAGUCUGCUGAAAAAUUUAGAUAUUAGAUGUAUAAGAAGCCUUAACGGUUGCCGGGUAACUGAUGAAAUUUUACACCUAGUACCAGAUAUUGACAGCUUCAGGUUAACACUGAGAGCCAUCAAAUUGUGGGCCAAAUGUCACAAUAUCUAUUCCAAUAUAUUGGGUUUCCUUGGAGGUGUUUCCUGGGCUAUGCUAGUUGCAAGAACGUGCCAGCUGUAUCCAAAUGCAAUAGCAUCAACUUUGGUACGUAAAUUUUUCUUGGUGUUUUCUGAAUGGGAGUGGCCAAAUCCAGUGUUACUGAAAGAACCUGAAGAACAGAAUCUUAAUUUGCCCGUAUGGGACCCGAGAGUGAAUCCCAGUGACAGAUACCAUCUCAUGCCUAUAAUUACACCCGCAUACCCACAGCAGAACUCCACAUAUAAUGUGUCUGUUUCAACCAGAAUGGUUAUGAUUGAGGAGUUUAAGCAAGGGCUUGCCAUCACACAUGAAAUUUUACUGAAUAAGGCAGAAUGGUCCAAACUUUUUGAAGCUCCAAGCUUUUUUCAAAAAUACAAGCAUUAUAUUGUACUUCUGGCAAGUGCACCAACAGAAAAACAACAUUUAGAAUGGGUGGGCUUGGUGGAAUCCAAGAUCCGAAUCCUGGUUGGUAGCUUAGAGAAAAAUGAGUUUAUUACACUGGCACAUGUGAAUCCUCAAUCAUUUCCAGCACCUAAAGAGAAUCUUGACAAGGAAGAAUUUCGUACAAUGUGGGUGAUUGGGUUAGUGCUAAAAAAGCCAGAAGACUCCGAAAUUCUCAAUAUUGAUCUUACCUAUGAUAUUCAGUCUUUCACAGAUACAAUUUAUAGACAAGCAAUAAAUAGGAAGAUGUUUGAGAUGGAUAUGAAAAUUGCUGCCAUGCAUUUAAAAAGAAAGGAACUUCACCAGCUACUUCCUCAUCACGUUCUUCAGAAAAAGGAAACACAUUUAAUAGAAGGUGUAAGAUUGACAGCUGUGAAUGACAGCAGCCUUCACUUGUCUGUGGACAGUGAAACCAGCAUGUCUGUGCCUUCACCAAUGGGCACUAUGAAGAUUGGCCCACUCACUAACAACCUUCCUGGCAGAAACAGUCCUGCACUGGCUGUAAUGGCAGCGUCUGUUACCAACCUACAGUUUCCUGAGGUUUCCUUGCAACAUAUGAAUUCCACAGAAAGCUCAGGGAUUGCAUUAGGUGAAAACAUUCCUCAGAUUCCCUCACAACCUACCAUUUCUCCACCACCAAAGCCUACCGUGACCAGAGUUGUUUCUUCAACACAUCUGGUAAAUCAGCCACCUAGACCUUCAGGAAAUACAGCAACAAACAUACCUAACCCUAUACUAGGAGUCUAA